UCUAAUUGUCUGCUCAUUUUUGUUUUAUAUACAAGCUUUUAUUACGAAUUGUGAAUUCAAUGUAAAAUCUCUGUCAUUCGUCAGUAUCAAUUGUGCGACGCCUAAUAACGCAUGUUUCAUUUUAUCGCUGUAUAUUCUUUCUAAAGCUGUCAAUAACGAACUACAAUGGAGACGACAUUCGUAUAUCUAUUACUGAUUCAGUAUUGUCGCUUGAUUCAGAUGGUGACAGCAUAUCAGAUAAUUGGAUAAAUCUUCUCAGCACUUACCUGUAUUUACCUGAAACGUAGGUAGUUUUCUAAUGGAAAUAGAUGCUGCGAUAUAUUGAUGGAAUUUAUAGAUCUAAUGGUUAUAACAUUUUUUCUAAUAUAGAUUUUUCGAUGUAAAAUAUGGAGUAUUCAUGUUUAAAUGGAAAAGCGAUAGAAAACAAAUAGAGUUAUUGAACAAUUGGAAUAUGUAAUUACUUUGUACCUUAAGAAGGUUGCAACAAGGUAAAUAUUGUAUCUCAUCGGAAAUAAGUAAAAGAAAAAUUAAAAAUAUAAAUAUGAAAAACUGCAAUAAUUGUCAGCUUACAUAUGUCUAUUGUAAUAAAAACUUUCUCCGAGUUGUAAAGAAUACCACUUGGGAACUAUGGUAGUAAUUAAAUAAUAAACAUUGACCCAACUCAGUAGUAAUAUCGACUAUAAUGCCUAACUCAGGUCAGGAACAAACUGGUAAUCCGGGCGGCGGGAACAAUGGUCGGCACUAUCUUUCUCCGGACAGUGGAGGAUGUGUUGAUAAGUCACCAAGUUUACAACGAAUCCAUCAACAAAGUUCAACAGAAACAAGUGGACUAGGUGCAUCUGAAUUUUCCUCUCGAGAAAGUAUUCACAGUAAUCAAAGUUUUAACGACCAUAAAUGUGAUCAUGGGCAUUUAGCUCGAUACAAACAUGCCAUGGUAGUGCCAAAAGAACAGAAAAAUCUAGUGUCUAAAUCAAAUCCGGAAACAAAAAAGGAAAUUAGUCCGGAUACGGAAAUGAAAACAAUGUUUUCGGAUGGACCUAAUUUUGAUGAUUUAUUUGAUCAGUCACGGAGUACAAAAACAAACAGUUUUAAUACAAGACAGAAGGAAAGUUAUAGACCAAGGAGAAAUAACGAAAGAAAUAACAAUCCUGGUCAAAAUAGUGUUGAUGACAAUUCAAGCCACAAUCAGAGCCAACCAGAGAGCUAUCGACCUCGUAGACCUAGGUCUCGAAGUCACAAAUUAGAAAUCGACGAUGAAAAUUAUGAGUGGACACGAAAAGGAUCGAAAGGCUCAAUCAAAAGUCAUACAUCCCGAGGAUCAUUUCGUUCACGUUCCGGAUCUUGCAAAUAUAAAUUAGGAAAUGAUUUUGAUUCAGCUUGGAUGAAAUGGGGUCGAGCAAGACGGGAAUCGUUUCAAAGAAAACUUGAGGUGCCAGAAAAUGAACCUGUUGAACGUGAACGUGCAACAACACCAAUCAAAAAGGCAAGACAAGAACUUAUCACACAAUUCGUACAUCCUGAUCUGACAGCAAAUUAUAUUUCUGAGGAUGAUAUUAACUACAUCAGGCGUCACAGACAAAGACAGUAUCAAACCUAUCAUGCCAUUGAAAAAACUAAGAAAAAUAAAAGGCACCUUUCUAGUCAUAGCGACAUCUACCUUAAUGCGCGGGAAUGGAAAAUAUUAUCAAGUUUUUGGAAACAUAAAGUUUUUAGGCGCUCUAGAUACUUCUCCUUAUUUUUUGUGAUUUUAAGUAUAAUAAUUUUGAGUGUUAGUGUCGCGAGUAAGAAGUGGAUUAUAUACAACACAUCUGAAGAUGUCGACCUAUACGAAGGAAUGUGGGAAAGUUGUGUAGAAAAUAGAACGAUAUCAAAUUCACAUUAUUCAGAAUGUACUCACAGUAUACGGGAUUGGCAGAAUGCUGUGAUAGGGUUGAUGAUAUUUGCUGCAUCAAUCGGCUUUCUGGCGGCCAUAUUGGCUGUGCUUGGUGUUUGUACAUCGCCUUUACCAAAGAAAAUUUAUUACUUCCAUUCAGCAGGGGAGAUAUUUCUCGUUUGUGCAAUGGCUGCAACAAUUGCCUUGGUGAUAUAUCCAGCUGGGAUAGAAAUGGACAAGAGCAUAGCAAGCCACUACUAUGGAUCCGGCUACGGACUCGGCUGGGGAAGUGCCUUCUUUUUUCUGUGUGCUGCACUUUGUAUGUGUUUAGAUGACUUAGUUCGAGAAUCUGCGAAAGCGAAAUGUUGCAGGUUAUGUUUUAAACGUGAUAGAUCAGACACUGAAUCACAGCAAGUUUGACAUGUUUCUAUGGCAACAUCACUAUAGCUUACACGUAAAUCCCAUGGCGUGCUAAUAGCACCCCCAUUUCUCGCCAAAGAAGACGCCACAUCAUUGGCUGAUUGACAGAUGCAACGGAGAGAUCAAUCCCGCAUGUGUUGCAGUUCGAAAUAUUUCACUGAAGCCUAUACAUGUUGGAAUGUACACUAAAUAUGGAUCUAUUGACAUCCAUUUUAUUGAGUACGUACGCUUUUCUCGCGAUGUAUAAAUGCAAUUUCAACGAUUUUUAAUGAAUCAAAAUUAUAUCUACUUAUUUAUAUAGUAUAUUUUGUCAUUAUCAGGACAUAACCCACCUACAUUUAUUGUCCAUGUUACUUUUUCAUUGUUUUUCUUCUAGCAAUUGAUAUUCAAACACCACGAAAGCUUAUUGCACCCUUUUCAAAGUUUUUAUCAAUAUUAGAGUAUUCACACCAUAUCGAUUUCAGAAUCAAUCAGAACAAAGGGUACCAACAUAUUUGUAAAUUUGGUAUACACGUUCCUUGUCUGCUAUCGGUGUUUCAUCCGGAAAGUAAGAUCUUGUAAUUAGGAAAGGAAAAACAGACAAAACAAAAAAAUAAACGGCUAUCAACAUGGAAUAGACUAAAACCAGACUUUCAGAAAGCAAUGAAAUGCAAAACAGUACUUCAUUACGUUAAAUACGAAAACAUUCAGAGUUUAUGCAACGAGAAUUAUUUCAGCAUCAAGAUUAUAUUUUAGAAAAGCGUAAAUUAUAUUCAAUAAUAUUCAUACGUUAAGCAUCAAAUUUCUCCUAUUACAGUCAAAUCACAAUAAACAUUACAGUCAAAUCACUAUAAACAUUGAAACCAACAAAGAUCAGUCAUUAAAAUUCGUUUAAAGCAAACAUAACGCGAUAGCCACUGAGUGGCAGGCCGAAACCCCGGGACCGAAACUUUAAGGUUUGAUUUUCCCUCUUUAAAACGAUCCGUGAUAUGAAAGGUUACAUGAAUACAUCAUUUAAUUUGAGGUAGUCGUUUAAGAUCCUGUUUUUUUCUGUAUCGGCCAAUCAGAUUACAACUGAAUGAUCAAGGCAAGUGUCGGAUAAAUAAACUCAUCAUAGAUACCAGGACUAAAUUUAGUAUAUACGCCAGACGCGCGUUUCAUCAUCAAAAGACUCAUCAGUGACGCUCGAAUCCAAAAAAAGUUAAAAAGGCCAAAUAAAGUACGAAAUCGGAGAGCAAUGAGAACCAAAAUUCGAGUGUUCUCGAAUAUUUAAUUGUAUCUUUAUACCAAAAAGCACAGUUAAAUAAGUUUUUUUUAUGAAAUAAUUAUUAUUUUCAGUCCUCAAACAACACAUUUUAUAUAUUUUCUGUCAUAAUUGGUUUUAAUUUGUUUAAUGGUGUUCGACGCAGGCAUUUGAAAUAACAUUUUUCAGACCUAAAAUUAGUAAAAGUAAUGUACCUAUUGUUAAGAUACAAGAUUUUGAAAAAUGAAAGUUUUGGCGGGAAAAUAUUUUUUUCUGAAAAUUUCUGAUAGAAUGUGAGGGAAAAAAUUAACGCUUUACUGCAGGGACUGUACACAAAAAAAAUAUAUUAGAAAUUAGAAUUUCAAAUUAUAUUACCACAAGCGUAUUAAAUAUAUACAAGUUACAUUCUCUAAUAGUGUGUAUAAAUGUAGGAGUUUCUCGAUAUACUGAGGGCAUAAAUAGAGGAAAAUGGGGCAAUAAUACAACAAAAGAGCCAAGAUUAAAAAAAUUUGGUGCUGAAAUAUAACGAAAAGAGAACAAUUGACAAAAAACAUGCAGAAUAGAGAAAAAAUAACCUCUACAGACUACAGAAUAAAGGAUCUUUGCUAGCCAAGGGUUACGAUCCACUCCCAUCCUGUGCAGUUUAUUACAUAUAUGUAUGGAUGAUAUCGCUAGAUGUAUUUAUUACACAGAAAUAAUGCUACAAUCCUAUAAAAUGUUUAUUAUCGGUAAGCUCAACCUUAUUGCAUGUUAAUUAAAUAUUUAUUUGAUAUGAAUGUUUCUGUAUGUAUUGUGUAAUUUCAAAUUCAAAUGUUUUUCCACUUGUUGAAGUUUUACUAUUUGUACACAAUAAAUUUUCACUCACUUUU